CGGCUCCCUCCGUAACCUGCCGGAAAUACCCGAACAGACUUUCGAGAAGUUUCGCGCACUGUCGAGACCAAUAAAAACCUUAUAUUUCAGGAGAGUCCCCAGGUGUGGGUGUAUUUCUCCAGUCAAAAAGAAGAGGAGGGUGAAUGGAUCUACAAAGUGAAGUGUUGUGAUGACUCCUGUUCACAUUUCCCUACAAAUACGUCGAUCACAUUUUCAGAGAUCAACAGCUCGUCCUCACUGACUGGUUUUAGAAGCCAUGGCACGGUUCAUCCUUCUGUCACUGCUGCUGGGAACACUCCAGCUGCCCUUGGUUUCAGCAGAGGUGAGUGCCACUGUCAAAUCCUCUAACCAAUGGCACAUUGAAGGCUGUGGCAAGUGUAACGGUGGUCGGACGAAGUGUUUUAAUUCUCAGAAUAUUCAAGUAGAGGGCCACACCCUGACCAUUGUGAAUCCCAGAGAGGGGCUACGGGUUUGCUGUAAAGCUUCGUACUCUAAUGAUCAACAUGAUAUGUGUGUGAAGCUGCGGGUAAGGAGAGUUUGGAAAAUACUUUGCAACAGGAACUGCAUAACUGAACUGGAGUGUAAGAAACACCGUGAUGACGAUCGCAGAUGCCAAGGCUUCACAUUAAAUGCAAACAAUAAGAAAUGUUUCCUGGUAAUAUCAGAUUAUAAUCUGAAGUCUAAUUCCACUACCCCAGAAUACCUUCUCAGCAAUUACACCAACAACAUAAACGGUCUCCAGUUCAACCAGGUUGCCAUGAGCUGGAUUAAUGCCCUGACGUACUGCAGCAGUCAGGGCUCCUCCCUGGUUGAAAUCACCAACCACACAGUGUGGGGCACAGUGAAGCAGCUCCUGCAAAAUGAGACAGGCUUGGAGACAGGGGUGUGGAUCGGCCUGGAGCGGUCCAUCUUUGGCUCCGAUGUUCCCUGGCAGUGGAUUUCGGGGACAGUCCUUAAUGACACCGAGUGGUGGAACAGCAGCUUUCCUGUCAAUAUGUUAAACAACCACUGUGGAAAGAUCAUCUGGGUCAAUGAGACACAAAAAUUCAAGUGGCUGGACGGCUACUGCCAUGAUGAGUUACCUUUCAUCUGCCAGGGUCCUUGAUAAAAGUCUGUGUGAAGUUCUGGAAACUACAUGAAUCGUUCAACUAUUGCUUUUGAUAUUAUUUUCCACUGAAUAUUGGUGUUUUGGGCAACUGGUUUUUGCUGGACAUUUUAAUUGUACUUAUACUUUCUAAUAACUGAAUGAUUUGUUUUCCUCCUGUGUAAAAACAGUGUGUAGCUAUUAUAAGUAACAUUAUGUAGAUGCUUGUCUAUUGUCACUGAUCCAAUAAACACAAAACCUUUUACUGUUUCACCUGUUCCUCUUAUUGUGUUUUGUACAUGUUUCAUAAUAAAGGUCAACAACACACACCAACCAAUUAAAAUCCAGGCCUGCGGAUGACACAUGACUGUAAUAAACACAAUGAGUACCAAGGAAAUUACUGAAACCAAUUACAGAUGAAAGUGAACGUCUGCAAUGUAAAGUAAACAAGAAAUACACUGAGAGCAUUCAAGAACAAAUCCAUUAGUAGGUGGCAUCAAGUGCACAGAAAAACUUUGACAUAUAUAAUUUCCACCUCAUCAAUGGUCAGUAUUUACCUAAAAGUUUGCUGCUAUUUUUGUUUUUAGAAUAAAAUAACUUUUUCAGGGAGACGCACACACACUCAAGAUAAAUUUACUAAACAUAUUUAGGUCCUACAAUCUCUUUUUUUCCCAAUAAGACGGUUGAGUGUCAUUUUUUUUUUUUUU